GGCGUACCCGUGUGACCGUCGGUGUGCUACUCGUCGUCUCCUCUUUUCGGCUAGCUGUGACCGGGCGCUGUCCGCACUCCCUCCUGACAGAGAUAAUGGCCGUUCCUCCAACAUAUGUAGAUCUGGGCAAAUCCGCCAGGGACAUUUUCACUAAAGGAUAUGGAUUUGGUCUAAUCAAGUUGGACUUAAAAACAAAGUCAGAAAAUGGAUUGGAAUUUAAAAGCUCUGGUUCAGCGAAUACAGAGACCAGUAAGGUUGCGGGAACGCUGGAGACCAAGUACAAGUGGGCAGAACACGGCCUGACGUUCAUUGAGAAGUGGAACACUGAUAACACUCUGGGUACAGAGAUAACCUUUGAGGACCAGCUUGCCAAGGGGCUGAAGCUGACAUUUGAUUCCUCGUUCUCUCCAAACACUGGCAAAAAGAGUGGAAAGAUCAAGAGCAGCUUCCAGCGCGAGCACAUUAACCUGGGCUGUGAUGUAGACUAUGACAUCAACGGUACGGCGGUGCACGGAGCCGUGGUGGUGGGCUUUGAAGGUUGGCUUGCUGGAUACCAGACGACGUUUGAGGCUGGUAGAAACCGCGUCACUCAGAGCAACUUUGCCGUUGGUUACAAGACGGAUGAGUUCCAGCUCCACACAAACGUGAAUGAUGGAACAGAAUUUGGCGGUUCUAUCUACCAAAAAGUGAAUGAUAACCUGGAGACGGCUGUCAAUUUGGCCUGGACCGCCGGCAACAGCAACACCCGCUUUGGCAUCGCUGCCAAAUAUCAGAUUGAUGCCGACGCCGCCUUCUCGGCUAAAGUAAACAACUCUAGUCUUGUUGGUCUGGGAUAUACUCAAACCUUGAAGCCUGGUAUUAAAUUGACCCUCUCUGCUCUUCUGGAUGGGAAAAACAUUAAUGCUGGUGGCCACAAACUGGGUUUGGGUCUGGAGUUUGAGGCAUAAAAUACUGAGGAUUGCAAUCAUCCUGAAUUUAUUUUUUCAAUAACUAUCCUCACAAACCUUGUUUCUCUUAGAUGCCCUUGCUAAGAAAACACAUAUUAUACUCGGUCAAAUAAUGCAUUAGUGGUGGCUCACUGUUUCAGAUAGGGAAACAAUUUCAAACCUGAAGAGUAUCUAUGAUGACCUGAUGUGUUUUCAAAACACUAUACUACACUACACUUAAUAUUAUUUAUUAUAACCCAGAUGACUUCAAAGAUGAUUUUACAAAGGUUUAUUUAUUCUGGCUUGGGAACAGAUGGGAAUUUUGAUGUUUUCAUCCGAGAGAAUGCUUAAUAUUAGGUCGCAACAUUCCUGAUCCACAGUUUCUAUAAAGACCAGCAGAUGUUGAAGGAUGGGACCAGGACACAACAGAAUUCACUCUGCUAUAGGAGCCAUUCAUUGAAUUUAGCUGUAGAUAGAGCUGUGUGUAGUGUUUUUGUCUGUGUGUGUGUUAAUCCACAUGUCAAUCUUGUCCAUUUGUUACUUGUCAUUUUGUUUAACCGCUGCAUACUGCCUGUACCUCUAAUGGCAAAAGUAUUUCAUCUGUCCCUGAACAAAAGGAGAUUUGAUAAAAUCUUCAAAUGUCCCAGGGGAUAAAACAUCAAGGAUUUUAAUAGGCAGAUGUAGUCUUCCAUUUUUAGGUGUAGGUUAAGAAUACUGUGGAUAAUAUAGCAGUAUGUAUGAUUUAAGUUAAAUAAAAACCUAAAACCUCAAAA